AUGCCUGGAGUUACUGUAAAAGAUGUUAACCAGCAGGAGUUUGUCAGAGCUCUGGCAGCCUUCCUCAAAAAGUCCCCGAAUGGGUGGACACAGUCAAGCUGGCCAAACGUAAAGAGCUUGCCCCAUACACAUGAGCUGCUUCCACAGCACAGCAACUGUACCUCCGUGGUGGUGCGGGGGAAGGGAGUGGGAAUGUUGGUUCCACGACCAAGAUCUACCGAGGACAGAGGACGGCAGAGAAAUGGUGUCAGGCCCAGCCACUUCAACAGAGGCUCUAAGACCGUGGCCCGCCGGGUCCUCCAAGCCCUGGAGGGGCUGAAAAAUGGUGGAAAAGGACCAAGAUGGGAGCCGCAAGCUAACACCUCAGGGACAGAGAGAUCUGAACAGGAUUGCUAG